UACCAAACACAUCAGAGCGAUGCAGUUUUCUGUUUCUAAAGAGGAAGAACUGCAACAGACCAUGUGACAGCUUCUUCAUAUAUCAACCAGGAAAACACAAGCAGAGGGUAGAACACAGCAGCAGCGAUGACACCGACUGAUCAAGGCCUGAUGUUGGGGAGCCUGCUGCUCGUCUCGCUGUGUGUCGGGGCAGCAGCCGCUUUUGACAGCCGGCUGGACGUCCACUGGGAGCUGUGGAAGAAGAUACACGAGAAGAAGUACCAGAAUGAGGUGGAGGAUGUGCACCGCAGGGAAUUGUGGGAGAAGAACCUGAUGCUCAUCACCAUGCACAACCUGGAGGCCUCGAUGGGGCUUCACACCUACGAACUGAGCAUGAACCACAUGGGAGACAUGACACCAGAGGAGAUCCGGCAGUCUUAUGCCACUCUCAGUCCUCCUACUGACAUCCAGAGGGCACCAUCUGCCUUUGCGGGGACGUCAGGUGCUGAUGUACCAGACACCAUGGACUGGAGAGAGAAGGGCUGUGUCACCAAAGUCAAGAAGCAGGGUUCUUGUGGCUCCUGCUGGGCCUUCAGUGCCGCCGGGGCCUUGGAGGGCCAGUUAGCCAAGACAACGGGGAAGCUGGUGGACCUCAGCCCCCAAAACCUGGUGGACUGUUCAGGCAGAUAUGGCAACAAAGGCUGCAACGGUGGCUUCAUGCACAAAGCCUUCGAGUACGUCAUCGACAACCAGGGCAUCGACUCCGAUGCUUCAUACCCCUACACGGGACAGACACAACAGUGCCGCUACAACCCCCAGUACCGCGCCGCCAACUGCUCCUCGUACAGCUUCCUGCCUGAAGGGGACGAGGGGGCUCUGAAGCAGGGGCUCGCCACCAUUGGACCCAUUUCGGUGGCGAUUGACGCCACACGGCCCAGAUUCGCCUUCUACAGGAGUGGAGUGUACGAUGACGAGAGCUGUACCCAGAAAGUGAACCAUGGGGUGUUAGCUGUGGGCUACGGCACACUGAACGGACAAGACUACUGGCUGGUAAAGAACAGCUGGGGAAGUACCUUUGGAGACCAGGGCUUCAUCCGGAUGGCACGCAACAAGAACAACCAGUGUGGCAUCGCUCUGUUUCCGUGCUACCCCAUCAUGUAGCUGCAGAGGGAACUGAAUUGAAUCUGUUGCAAAAUGAUUGUUCCCUUCUCUUUUAUGUAUACAAUAUUUUGACAGUUUAAUUUCACAUUGAUAAUAACAUUUUUCUCUUUAUUUUGUUUUAAAAAUUCCUUUUAAUGCACCUUUUUACAACAAAAGCCCCCAAAACGGCAAGUCUUUAAAUACUACAGUUUAACAUCAUUGGUCUUGACUGUGUGAUUGUUUGUGUCCGACUGUCUGUGUGUGUUUGAAUCUGUAAUAAAGAGACAUAUAUACUCUGUAA